GUUCACUGCAAUAUCCGACGAUGCGACGAGUAACUUGUCUACUUUUUGUUGUUACCCUCGUUGCUGUCUGUCAUGGUUACAGUAUCGAGAAAAUCGUGGGAGGAUCCGACGCCCAGGAAGGUGAUUUUCCGUACCAGGCAUCCUUGCGCCAGAGUGGCAGUCAUUAUUGCGCUGGAUCAAUCCUGAACGAACGAUUUAUCUUGACAGCGGGACACUGCCUAAUGGGCCAGAUGCCGAGCCGUGUAACCGUGGUUGUUGGAACACAUUUCCUGUCUAAGGAUGGCGAUUCUUAUCAGGCGAAGAACUUUCUAAUUCAUGAGAAGUACGAUCCCUUCAAGAUCAGCAACGACAUUGGCCUCAUUCGUCUAGUGAAGGCUGUGGUCUUCGACUUGAACGUACAGCCCGCUGUUAUGCCCUCCAAAAAUUUCGACGAGUCCCAAUUUGACGCGGUCCUUUCCGGCUGGGGGAGAACUUCCUAUCCUGGGAAAAUUCCUGACGCUCUUCAAACGAUUAGUCUUUCUGUGAUAUCCCAAGAAAGUUGCGCGGCCGCUUUCUCCAGCCAAAGUUAUCAAUUAAUAACAGACAGCAAUAUCUGCACUUUGACUCAGCCAGGAGAGGGUGCCUGCCAUGGCGACUCCGGCGGUCCGUUAACAGCUAAUGGAACGCAAAUAGGAAUUGUUUCCUGGGGCAUGCCAUGCGCGAAAGGAUAUCCCGACGUCUACACGCGUGUUUCGAGUUUCAUGGACUGGGUGUACGAGCACGUGGAGGAAUAAACGCUUACAGAUUA